UUCUUCCGUGUUCCGGCUUCCUGCCGCCAGCCGCGGCGGCGCUGGGCACGGAUGCGGCCGGCCGGAGGCGGAGGGACCGGCGCGGGGCUGGGGCUGCCCCCGCACGCCUAGUUUCACUUGGGUACAGCCUUCUCCUUCCCUUCCUGUCCUAAAACUGUGGGGCAGCGUGACCAUUGAGCAGCCGCUGUGUUCCACCCCAGAAGCUGCUGCAUUUCAGAAUGCCUGGGUGAAGCGAGGCUCAGACACUUCAUUCGCAAAGCCCUCUGGGCUGAAAAGCACCGUAGACAUCUCAGGGGGGCUCCGAGCUGGAGAUGAAGGCGGUGGCCUGACACCGAGGGCCGUUCCGUUCACAAGAGGGAGCCCCCGGCCAUGGGCAGUCACGAGAAGGAGCUGGCCUCCCCCCGGAGGGUGCCGUCCAGGUCCAACAGCACCGUGUCUUCCAAGCACAGCAGCGCUCACCAGGGCUCUGAGUGCUGGGAGGUGGUGGACGAGCCCCGGAGCAGGACCGGGCCCGGUCAGGAGCUGGAGCGGCACGAGGGCUACUUGCUGAAGAAGAGGAAGUGGCCCCUGAAGGGCUGGCAUAAGAGAUACUUCCUGCUGGAGGAGGGGAUCCUGAAAUACGCCACCACGCGCCAGGAUGUCCUCAAGGGCAAACUGCACGGCUCCGUCGACGUCCGUCUGGCCGUCAUGUCCAUCAACAGGAAAGCGCAGCGCGUGGACCUGGACACGGAGGAGAACAUCUACCACCUCAAGAUCAAAUCCCAAGAGCUCUUUACCAGCUGGGUGGCCAAGCUGUGCUCCCACCGCCUGGCGGAGAAGCCCAAGUGCCCUGUGCCCACGGGGGGCCUGGAUGGGCGAGUCCCGCCCCCCGCCCAGGGCUACGGCUCCCGGAACCGCGUCCUGCCGUCGGACGGCGCCCCGGCCCUGUCUGCGCUGACCAGCCCCCGGGACAAGGUGAACGCCUGGCUGAAGGACAGCGAGGGGCUGGAUAGGUGCUCGGCAGAGCUCUCCGAGUGCCAGGGGAAGCUGCAGGAGCUGAACAAGUUGCUCCAGAGCCUGGAGACCUUGCACCGCAUCCCGUCCGCGCCCCUCAUCUCCAACAGCCAGGCCUCGGCAGCUGCAGAGAGACCCAAAAAGGGGAAGCGAACCACCAGGAUGUGGUGCACCCAGAGCUUUGCCAAAGACGACACCAUCGGCAGGGUGGGCCGUCUGCACGGCUCCGUCCCCAACCUCUCGCGCUACCUGGAGUCGAGCCAGAGCCAGCCGGCCUUCAGCCUCCCCCCGGAGUACAGCCAGCUGCAAAGGAACUUCUGGACCCUGGCCCAGAAAGUGCACGGGUCCCUCAGCAGCGUGGUGGCCGCGCUGACCGCGGAGAGGAAUCGCCUCCAGGAGAUGCGGCGGGCGCUGGAUUUGCAACGCCGGGCGGGCGGUGCCAGGAACGCAGCCGUGGCCGGGGCUCCCUCGCACAACCCGGACCACACGGAGUAUCUGCGGCGUUUCCACUCCCUCUCCAUCUCCUCCGACGCCACGCUCGCCUCGUUCACCUCGCUGCACCCGGACGAGCCUGACGCCCACCUGGCCAAGGGGCGGGAGCAGCAGCUGUCCAAUCGCAGCAUCGUCUCGCUCUCGGACUCGCACACCGAGUUCUUCGACGCCUGCGAGGUCUUCCUGUCCGCCAGCUCCUCCGAGAACGAGGCCUCCGACGACGAGUCCUGCAUGAGCGAGGCCACCAACAGCCUCUCCGACGAGGCUGGGGGGGACGGGCGCUUCCAGAGAGCAGGCCGAGGCGCGGCGGACGGGGGGCCUGCGCCGUGCGCGUCCGAGCCGGGAGUUGGGGUGCUGCCGGCUCCCCUGGCCCUGCCCCUUCCCCUGCCCGUGCUGCUGCCCGCGAGGCUCCCGCGCCGGAGCUGUCUGCCGGCCCCCAGCGUCCCCGCCGGCGACGUCAGCCUGUGGAACAUCCUGCGCAACAACGUGGGCAAGGACCUGUCCAAGGUGUCCAUGCCAGUGCAGCUCAACGAGCCGCUCAACACCCUGCAGCGGCUCUGCGAGGAGCUGGAGUACAGCGCCCUGCUGGACGCCGCCAGCCGCUGCGCCGACCCCUGCGAGCGCCUGGUCUGCGUCGCUGCCUUUGCUGUCUCUGCCUACGCUUCCACCUAUUACCGUGCGGGCAGCAAACCCUUUAACCCCGUCCUGGGCGAGACAUAUGAGUGCGUUCGGCCGGACAAAGGCUUCCGCUUCAUCAGCGAGCAGGUUUGCCACCACCCGCCCGUCUCCGCCUGCCACGCAGAGUCAGACAACUUCAUCUUCUGGCAAGACAUGAAGUGGAAAAAUAAAUUCUGGGGCAAGUCCCUGGAGAUCGUCCCCGUGGGGACCGUGAAUGUCAAGCUGCCCAGGUUCGGGGACCACUUUGAGUGGAACAAGGUGACGUCCUGUAUCCACAACAUCCUGAGCGGGCAGCGCUGGAUCGAGCAUUACGGCGAAGUCCUGAUCCGCAACGUCCGGGACAGCAGCUACCACUGCAAGAUCACCUUCUGCAAGGCCCGGUAUUGGAGCUCCAGCGUGAACGAGGUGCAGGGGGCCGUGCUGAGCCGCGGGGGGCAGGUGAUCCACCGGCUCUUCGGCAAGUGGCACGAGGGGCUGUACCGCGGCGCCUCCCCCACCGGGCAGUGCCUCUGGAAACCCAACCCCAUGCCCCGAGAGCUCGAGAAGAACUACGGCUUCACGCAGUUCGCCCUGGAGCUGAACGAGCUGACGCCGGAGCUCAAGCGUUUCCUGCCCUCCACGGACACGCGGCUGCGCCCCGACCAGCGGUAUCUGGAGGAAGGCAACGUGCAGGCGGCAGAGUCCCAAAAGCGCCGGAUCGAGCAGCUGCAGAGAGACCGGCGCAGGGUCAUGGAGGAUAACAACAUCUUCCACCAGGCGCGUUUCUUCAGGCAGCAGACAGACCCCGGCGGCAAGGAGUCCUGGGUCAGCAACGACACCUACUGGAAGCUGCGGGCGGAGCCCGGCUACGCCAACCUCGACAGCCCCGUGCUGUGGUAGCAGCGGCAUCUGGGGGCCGCCCUGCCCAGCUCUCUGGGCCCCUGCCUCCCGGCACGUAGGGACUAGUGGGCAGGGUCUGGGGGCACCACAGCGCUGGGCAGUGCCCCCCAGUGGACAGGGUGAAGAUGCCGUGGGUGAAAGGUGUCCUGGCCCUUCCCGGGUCCACCCUGCUCCCAUCCCAUCCCCAUCGCUGCUGUCUGCUGGCCGGGCAGCCUGCACCCGCUGGCACCUCGGGGACUGCUGGGGGUGCCAACCCAAUGCACUUACUUCUGCCUUCCCCCCCACGGGGGGCACCGUGAUCCGGGGGGUGGGGGGGAAGCUUUGAUUUUUCAAAUGCUUUGUAUUAAUUUAACAAAACUGUGCAGAGAGGGGCCUGAAUCCGGGGGCGAGUGAACAGCAGCAGAUGGGACUGUCUGCAUAGCGGGGGCCCGGAUCUUCCUGCAGGGAAAAGCCAUUCCUCAGCAUAGCCCCGGCCUUGGAGCUAGGAGCAUCCAGGCAAUGACCUGAGCAGCUGUGUUACCUAAUGGUUGGAGCCAGGACUCCUGGGUUCCAUUCCCAGCUCCAGGCCGGGAGUGGAGUCUAGUGGUUAGAGCUGAGGAGAGUUGGGAAGGUUCAGUUCCUGGCUCGCCCAGGGCUGUACGGAUGGGUGAGGGGCAGGACGUGGGCGUUAAUGACUGGCUGUAGCGCCCUCGGGCACCCCUCUGUUCCGGUGCUGGCGUGUUCUCUGCUGCAGAGCUGGGAGUUGUUCCCCUUGGGCCCCCGAAUCUGCUCAGGACCGGAGGCAGCCCUUUUCUCUCCCGUGCAGGUUCAGAAAGGACCCCUUGGGCUCUGAUGCUGGAGUGCUCCCCUCAGUUACCCGUAGGGGGCACCGUGGAGCUUCCCUCACCGCCAGCAUGGGGGGCAAGGAUCUCCCGUGUGGCUUGGGGUCAGCCUGCAGGCAGGCAGACCACACACCCUCCCUCCAGGCCCUGUCGGGCUGGGUUUGGCCUUUUGUUUGAUCAAACAUUCCACCCCCUAAUAAAGGAUCCGGAAGAGCCUGA